AGUCGCCCAAAGGAAAGGACGUUUGUGUAAAUUACUACUAUUUUAAGAAUAAUUGUGGCAUGAUUUUAUACAUAUGUUUCUUAUACACCAUUGCGUGCUUUAGGUUUGUCUCAACGUGAAGUCCCUCGCUUAUCCGAUAGAACUGGAGCAGGAAAUGAUCGUAAACGAGGCAUGUGAAGAUAGUGGAAAAUGCCAUGAUGAUCCUGGGAAGGAUGGAGAGGUGAAAAAUCCUGACGUUCCUGGUUUUCGAUGUGUAGCCAAAGAGUUAGAAAUUGACCCGGAUGCUGACGACGAGCCAACUUUGAGCGGAUGCGAAUUAAAUUUGCAAUUUUUGGGGAAAUGUUUUUCAGAUUGCAACCAUAAUGUUGAGUGCACAGUUCCACGCACAAGAAAACUAGGAGACAACAACAAACAUUUUUUGCAUAGAAAAGUUUGUUGUAAUAAAUCCAAGGGAUGUUUCGCUGACGCUGAUAAGAACAAGGGACAAAUUAUGCAAAUUCGAUCUGCAGUGACUUGGGCUGGAUUAUUAGCUGUUUUUGUUAGAUUAGGAGCACUACCAGCUUGAACCGAUCCGAACCCCCCA